AUGCCGAAAAUGUUCAUUUUCCUCUUUCCUCUUCUCUUCCUUCUAAUCGACGCCUCCACUGAUUGCUCCCAACCAAAUGCCUGCUACGGACUACCCGCCAACUGCCAACCCGACACAAAUUGCCACGUGUUUUUCCGUUUCGAUACUCAAGGAAAUCUGGAUGUUCAUCUGAAUGAAGUCAUCGAUCGGAUGGCUUAUGUGGCCGUGACCGUGAAGGAAUUGCCGGACCUUCGGUCAGAAUAUCUCAUCUGUCUUCCUGCGCAACAACGACGUCUUCGUGGAGUCGCUGGGAGUGGAGAGCCGAUUCAGAUUACUGAAGAGCACAUGGCUCGCUACGUCCGUCAACUCUCCGCCACCUCAUUCGUCUGCUCCUUCCUUGCCACUGAACUUCCCGACGGCUUCCAGAAUUCUGACGGCUUCUCAGUUUCAGAAGGCAUCUAUUCUGACGAUUUGGUGAUUCCAUCUUCUGAAUCUCUUCAGAAAUCAUCGGACGACAUCUUCUCACACCCCAUCGCCUCUCGUUUUAGAGAUUCUGAAGACUUUUUGUCUCCAGAUGAGAAAAAGAAGACGUCGGAUCUACUGGGAAAAAUGAGACGGAUUUCUGGAGACGAUGACGAUGAUCUAGAAGCGCUUCUAGAAGAGGAGAAUGAUGACGUGGAGGAUUCGGAUGAUUUGGAGGGUAUGAUGGAUAAGAAGUACAGUACUAGAAGACGUGAGGAGGAGAAUAAGAAGAAGAAGGAGGUCAGAAGACGUCCGAAGAAGGAGGAAGAAGAGGAAGAGAAUUCUGAAGACGUGGAGGAUUCUGAAUCGCCACGUAAGAAGAAGAAGCCAACAUCUAGAAGAGGUCGUCCGUCGAGAUAUGAGAAGGAUGAAGAAGAGGAGGAGGAGGAGUUUGAUCCGAUGGAAGAAGGAGACGUUCCGAAAAGAAGACGUCCGACAUCUCGACGUGGCAAGUCUGAUGACAACGAUGAGGAAGAGGAAGAAGAAAAGCCAAAAAAGAAGACGAUGAAAAAGGAAAACCGGAAAAAGAAGGAUUCAGAUGAAGACGACGACGAUAAUGGAGAUGACGGUGAGGACAAUGGUUCCAUCAGCCUUCACCGCGCAACGGGAACUUUUUGCUUCUCUCUAAUUGCACUUUGGAUAAUUGCUCAUUAA